GCAGCGCCGAGCUCAGCCCUGCACGGCAGAGCCGCGGCGGAGCGCGGAGCGGCGGCAGCACAAGCACCAGCACCGCCGGGCAGCGGGCGGGGCGGCGGCAGCGGCAGUGCCGACCUUAAAAUCCCCAGACAUGUAUUUCCUGGGACUGCUGUCUUUGCUGGCUUUGCAAAGCGAAGCCUUCAAGACCAAUUUUCCCGAUGAAACCAUCGCUGAGCUCUCGGUGAACGUUUACAACCAGCUACGAGCCACGAGGGAGGAUGAGAACAUCGUGUUCUCUCCCYUGAGCAUUGCCAUUGCCAUGGGAAUGGUGGAGCUGGGAGCCCAUGGAACCACCUUGAAAGAAAUCCGACAUUCCUUGGGGUUUGACGGCUUAAAAAACGGUGAAGAGUUUGCCUUCCUGAAGGACCUUUCUGACAUGACAACYUCUGAAGAAAGCCACUACGUGCUGGACAUCGCCAACUCCCUCUAUGUGCAGAAUGGCUUUCACGUCAGUGACAAGUUCCUGCAGUUGGUGAAAAAAUACUUUAAAGCYGAAGUAGAGAAUGUAGAUUUCAGCCAAAGUGCAGCUGUUGCUACUCAGAUCAAUAAAUGGGUGGAGAAUCACACAAAUAGCAUGAUCAAAGAUUUUGUGUCUUCAAGAGACUUCGGUGCUCUAACUCAUUUGGCUCUCAUCAAUGCCAUCUACUUUAAAGGCAACUGGAAGUCACAGUUCAGGCCUGAAAAUACCAGAACUUUUUCUUUCACUAAAGAUGAUGAAAGUGAAGUGCAAAUUCCAAUGAUGUACCAGCAGGGAGAGUUCUACUAUGGAGAGUUCAGCGAUGGCUCCAAUGAAGCAGGAGGAAUCUACCAGGUCCUGGAAAUCCCUUAUGAGGGGGAUGAGAUCAGCAUGAUGAUUGUCCUUUCCAGGCAGGAAGUUCCACUGGCCACCCUGGAACCACUGGUCAAAGCCUCCUUGAUUAAUGAAUGGGCUAAUUCUGUGAAGAAGCAAAAAGUGGAAGUGUACCUGCCAAGGUUCACAGUAGAACAGGAAAUUGAUCUGAAGGAUGUCUGGAGAGGUCUGGGAAUUACAGAGCUGUUCAGCAGCAGUGCUGACCUCACUGCCAUGUCUGAUAACAAGGAGCUUUACCUUGCAAAGGCAUUUCACAAGGCAUUUCUAGAAGUUAAUGAGGAAGGAUCAGAAGCUGCUGCUGCCUCAGGAAUGAUUGCCAUCAGCAGAAUGGCAGUGCUCUACCCCCAGGUCAUAGUGGAYCAUCCCUUCUUCUUUUUGGUCAGGAACAGAAGAACAGGCACCGUGUUAUUCAUGGGAAGGGUAAUGCACCCCGAGGCAAUGAAUUCAAGUGGCCACGACUUCGAAAAGCUUUAACUGCCACCGGCUGCCAAAAGGAGGAGAUAAGCACAUAAAGUUUGAAGUUAAUAUAUUUAAGGUUUGCUGUGUUUUCCCCCCAAGAUACUGUUUCAAAAUGCUUUCGGAUCUAACUGUGUGCAAGUCGGUUCCCAGAGGAAAGCUUACAGUAUUAAAGUAAUGGUUCUGUUUCUGUCAUUGUGAUUGCUGUGUCCUUAAAAUAAAGUUGUGUACACGUCGACAACUGUUUCUUGUUCUAGUGACUUGUAAAGCAGAAAACUGCAAAUCCAUUAUUUGUAAUUUUUUUACAGUCCAAAGACUGACUUGAUCAAUGAGACAGGAGCAGAGAAUGUGUGCAGCUCUGAGUUAAUGCCAAAAGGGCAGAGCUUGGUGGGCAUUUGUAGAGCUGAAGAAGCCCCAAGGUGGACUCUGUGAUCUCCUCCUGUCCCUGGCAGAGCAGGGAACAGCCCUGGAACGCCCUGGAUUUGGUUCUCUGACUGUGGUAGACUUUGUGUGAACUGUCCCACGUGAUUCUCCAGUGCUGCUUUUCUGGAUGCUCCUGCAUGUGACUCUGCCACCGACCUCCCCUAAGUGUUGAUGACAAUAAAAUCUGAUCGCAUGAAUAUUUGAGACCUGUCAGUGUAGAAAGCUCUGUGUGUGACUGAAGUAAAAGAGUUCAGUAGUAAUGGCAUCCGUGUGGACAUAUUUUUUCUCCCCCACAGCAGUUGUUCCACUCUUCAAUAUCUCAUUUCAGGCCUCUAGAACA